AAUAAAGAAUCCUGUACCUCGUGCAUUAGCACUUGUACAUAUUAAACCAGUACAUAAAAACGUGGACGAAGCUCUUUUCUUUUUCACCUCUCUUCCCAGUCCACCACCAUACACCAACGCCACCGUCGCCGGCGAGCUCACUCUUUAGCUUUGAAUAGUCAAUGCCUGCUCAAAAGCGUUCGUACGACACUCCUCCUACUCCUCCUCCGCUACCGGACGAAAAAAACGAUGAUUCGUUACAAGGUAAUCAAAAUCACGACGAAGAAGCCUACGACAGCGACGAUUCGGAUGGAACUACUUGUUCGAGCGGCGGCGAGAAAGAUGAAUUUAUCACUGUGAGACUUUCAGAAAUUCGCAAAGAAGUACAGUGCCCUAUAUGUUUAGGCAUUAUUCGAAAGACCAGAACAGUUAUGGAAUGCUUGCAUCGCUUUUGUAGAGAAUGCAUUGACAAAUCUAUGCGAAUGGGGAACAAUGAGUGUCCUGCUUGUCGUACCCACUGUGCUAGUCGCCGUUCUCUGAGAGAUGAUCCAAACUAUGAUGCUCUAAUUUCCCUUCUAUAUCCAGAUAUUGAUAAAUAUGAAGAGGAGGAAUUGGCUUUUCAUGAAGAGGAGAAAGCUCGGAAUAAGCAGAUACAAGCUUCAAUUGCACAGACAUUACGGCGACAAUCAGAAGCACUGGGAAGGAAACGGACUGCUAGAGCUACAGCAGCAGCUUUUGCGAGGAGAUCUCAGGGACGCUAUCGAAGUUUAAGGGGAAGAAGAAAUUUUCAGGGUGCUGAACACCAGAUAUCUGAUGAGGAGGAAGAUGGUAAUCAUGAUAUUGGCAAAGAUUCUUCCUCUGCUGAUGAUCGCUCGAUAGAAGUCAAACCAAAACGGUACAAAAAGAGGGGAGGAAGGCCUUCGCAGGCUUCAGCAGCUAGUGACGAAAAUGAUGCAGAAAUAAACCAAGAAUCACUUGGCGCAUGUAGUGGACUUAUUCGCUGUUCAGAGAUUCUUGCCUGGGGAAAAGGUGGCAUGCGAAGUAACACGAGACAUGGGGGUCUUGGGGGAGGCACUGGCAAAUUUUCCAGGAAUAGCCGAGUCUCAAAGCUAAUUGAUCGUCUUUCUUGUUCAGAUGAAAAUGAAGGGAAGUUGGAUGUCAGACUGAAGCUUGUUCCCAUAUCUGAAGAGGAUAUACCAAGUUUGCAACGACCUUACCUUUGCUGCCGGCCCACUAUGGAAGUUAAACAUUUGAGCCAAUAUGUAGCACAGCAAACGUCCAUAGAAGUCGGCAAAAUCGACAUAGUGCUGAUAAAAGAGCUUAACCCCAGUGACAACUCUUCAAGUUCUGAUAUCAUGGCUAUUUCCACACUCGUUGGAGAUCCUUGUAAGAUUGAAAUCCAUACGGUAAACGAGCAUCAGACAUUAGGGGAAAUCCAAGAGAUGUGUGGUUUUAGCCAGCGUAAUCUGAUCUUAGCAUACGGAUGCAAGUCAAAGGAUAGGACAGACCAUGAUGAAGGGAAGGUGACCGUGUAAUUUGAAUAUACACAGAAUAUAAUACCCGAAAAUCCGUAUCUGUAAUUUCAACUGGGGCGUAUCUGUAAAUCCGUAUAGAAAGUAAGUAGCUUAGUAAGGUGUAUCAUACACAGAUGUAGUUCAUUAUCCAGGAAAUAAUCCCUUCAACUACAUCGAGUCAGUUAUGCACCUUGAAGUUCACAUUAGUGUAACGAUUUAUUUACCUCUUUAUGCACUCGUUUCAUGUACUGUGCUCCAAGUGCUUAAAUAUAGCCUUAACUAGCCAAGAUUUUGCCUUGGUGCUUCAAUUUUUAAGAUUA